UUCAGAGCUGGCUGCCGUGGUGGAAAGAACUCAGUUGCAAGAACUCAAUUGCUACAUUUCAACAAAUUAGAAUUACACAUUAUUAAACCAAGAACUAAAAGAGAGAUAUGGCUGUAAAUACACUGAUCGCUUUUGCAACAAUUCUCUUGAUCAUCGUCGUGUCAGAAAGCGGCCAAAAUGAACAAAAUAAGCCAGGUCCAUUGUACAAGUUGUGUGGCGACGAUUUUCUCCAUGCAUUUGAUAAAUGCUGCAAUCAUGAUUUAGCGACAUGUCGUAGUUCGGUUGUGAGCAGUUCAGAGGGGGUCGUUGAAGCGCUGGAUAAAAGAGGCCAUCCUAUGAUACCAUCAAGGGUUGCCAAAAAUUUCAUUAGGUCGCUACGAAAACGAGGAUGGGGAGAAACUAGUGGACCAGUACUUAACCAUGCAGUUGAAGAAUGUUGCAAUGAAGGAUGUUCCAUUGAUGAAAUUCGAGAGUAUCCAUGCUUUUGAUAGAGAUCAUUAUACAGAGAACUUUAGAUUUUCGUAGAAAAUAGUAUAUUUUUGAAUAGUUCCCUUAUAGAGGGAUCUUGGAGUAUCCAAUUACAAAUUGAAUAAUAGUUUGGUCGGUUUUAUUUAAAUAAGCUAGGUCCGUGAUUCUCUACUUCACUCUUUUCCUUGGCUGCAAACUCGAUAAGAUCAGUGAUGAUUAUCGAUGAUUAGUUUAUUUUAGUUCUGUUAACAUUCGGUCAAAGAAUAUUAGUAGUUCUAGUGUCUAUUUUCCAGCAAAAAGAAACGAUAAUAUUAAUACUAUUCAUCGAGGGCAGCUGAAAAAGUGAAGUGGAAAAUUCCGAAUUAUAAGAGUUGCAAUACUUUGCGAGUAUUACGAAUUGAGUUCAGCUUAGCACAUAACAUACGUUUUAAUGCAUAUACUUGCUUUCUAGUUCAAACGUAUUCAAAUUGAGAAGGAGUGGGUUUAUGAAGUCCGCUCCAAUGACAGUAAUCUGUGCGGAGAUUGGCAAGUGUUACUAUUAUCACUAGAUAGAGGAAUAUAUUUGAAGAUGUAGUACAAAAUUAAAUGAUAUAUGCUCAAAUCCAGCUAUACAGUAUUUAUAUUAGGUUCA